CCUGACAAGCAAAGGAGGGGUCUCGUACUGCGCAUACGCCGUUGCAGUGGGGUUUUUCAGGUUGUGUUUACAGCCGAAUGCUGUUGCAGAUGUAGCUAGUUAGCUAUCUAGACCAGUGCAAUGUUAUGUCAAUCGUCUUUGGAAUAAAUCUCACUUCUGGAAACAGGUGAUUUUACUCAUUUCCCCCCUCCAUUCAUGAGCCUGGCUUGGUUUAGCUGUCAUGGAUGACAAGGCCUCGGUGGGGAACAUUAGCGUGUCGUCCGACUCGGUGUCCACCCUGAACAGUGAGGACUUUGUGCUGGUGUCGCGGCUGGGGGAUGACACCCCAGGCUCCUCCGCUAAUAAUGGUAGCGAUGAGGAAAAGACAGGACUGAAGGUGAUUUCUGAGGAAGGUGUCAGCUUUAAGAUUGUGGGAAACGGAAGCGAGCAGCAGUUGCAGAAGGAGCUGGAAGAUGUUCUGAUGGACCCGUCUGUAGCAGAGCUGGCCCACGGAGGUGGUGCCCCCAGCAGUGGUAGAGGUGACCCGGCAGGCGGUGGGGACCAUGAUUUAUCCCCCAACACGGCGGCAGCGCCCGAAACCCAAAUUUCCCCCGACCCUUUCAGCGACGAGCUCAGCACCCCGCACAAAGUCGAUAUGGUGCUUCCUGUCCAAUCCGCACAAGGCGCCCAGGAGAGUGAGCUGAACGAGCGAUCGUACCGCGGGGAUGAGUCGUCAUCGGAGGGCAGCCCCGGUACGCCGAUCCCGGACGAGGACAGCGUGGUGUUCAACAAGCUGACCUACCUGGGUUGUGCCUCGGUCAACGCCCCCCGCAGCGAGGUGGAGGCCCUUCGCAUGAUGACCAUCCUCAGGGCACAGUGCCAGAUGCCCCUGGACGUCACCCUGUCCGUGCCCGGUGUCUCUGAGGGCACUGUCAGGUUGUUGGAGCCUCAGGCGAACUCAGAGAUAGCCAACUACCCCAUCUACAAGAUCCUGUUUUGUGUGCGGGGUCACGACGGAACGCCAGAGAGUGACUGCUUUGCCUUCACAGAGAGCCACUACAACGCAGAGAUCUUCCGAAUCCAUGUCUUCCGCUGUGAGAUCCAGGAGGCGGUCAGCCGGAUACUCUACAGCUUCGCCACAGCCUUUAGACGGUCUGCCAAAAAGACGCUCCUCUCAGGCUUGGCUCCGCCCCUGACUCCGGACAGCGACGUCUUCACCUUCACCGUUAGCCUGGAGAUCAAGGAGGAUGAUGGGAAGGGCACGUUCAGCGCUGUGGCCAAAGACAAGGACAAGAACAGCUUCAAGCUGCGGCCGGGAAUGGAUAAGAAGAUAGUCAUUUAUGUCCAGCAGACGUCCAAUAAGGAGCUGGCUAUUGAGAGGUGCUUUGGCCUCCUGCUGAGUCCCAGGAAAAACGUGAAGAACAGUGACAUGCACCUGCUCGACCUAGAAUCUAUGGGAAAGUCCUCUGAUGGGAAGUCUUACAUCAUCACGGGCAGCUGGAACCCCAACACGCCACAGUUCCAGGCUGUGAACGAGGAGACCCCUAAAGAUAAGUUCAUGUACAUGACAACGGCGGUUGACCUGGUGAUAACGGAGGUGGAGGAGCCCGUUCGCUUCUUGCUGGAGACCAGGGUCAGAGUCUGCUCCCCCAACGAUAGGCUGUUCUGGCCCUUCAGCAAACGCAGCUUCACCGAGACCUACUACUUAAAACUCAGACAGAUGGAGCGCAAGAGCAACAACGACACCCUGUACGAAGUGCUAAGCCUGGAGAGCGAGUCGGAGCGGGAGAGGAAGAAGACGACUGCCAGCCCCAACAUCCUGCCGUCCGCCUCCCACGGAUCCAUGGUGCCGUCGCCCCCCGAAGAUGACGAGGAGGAAGACAAUGACGAGCCGUUGCUGAGCGGCUCGGGGGACGUGUCAAAGGAGUGCGCAGAGAAGAUCCUGGAGACCUGGGGUGACCUGCUGUCCAAAUGGCACCUGAACCUUUCGGCGCGUCCCAAGCAGCUCCCGGCAUUGGUGCGCAGCGGGGUGCCCGAGGCCCUCCGGGGAGAGGUGUGGCAGCUCCUUGCCGGUUGCCAUAACAACGACCACCAGGUGGAGGAGUACCGUACCCUCAUCACCAAGGAGUCUCCCCAGGACAGUGCCAUCACCAGAGACAUCAACAGGACUUUCCCAGCUCACGACUACUUCAAAGACACUGGAGGAGACGGCCAAGACUCACUGUACAAGAUCUGCAAGGCCUACUCUGUGUACGAUGAGGAGAUUGGCUACUGUCAGGGGCAGUCUUUCCUGGCUGCUGUUUUGCUGCUUCAUAUGCCUGAGGAGCAGGCUUUUAGUGUCCUGGUCAAGAUCAUGUUUGAUCCACGCUAUGCACUCAGGGAGCUUUUCAAGCAGAACUUUGAGGAUCUGCACUGCAAGUUCUUUCAGUUGGAGAGACUCAUGCAGGAGUACAUCCCAGACCUUUAUAACCACUUCCUGAAUGUGGGGUUGGAGGCUCACAUGUACGCCUCUCAGUGGUUCCUCACACUCUUCACUGCCAAGUUCCCCCUCUACAUGGUGUUCCACAUUAUAGACCUGCUGCUCUGUGAGGGAAUCAGCGUGAUUUUUAAUGUGGCCCUGGCUCUGCUGAAGACCUCGAGGGAAGACCUGCUGGCCACAGACUUUGAGGGGGCGCUAAAAUUCUUCCGGGUUCCGGUUCCCAAGCGCUACCGCUCAGAGGAGAACGCUAAGAAACUGAUGGAGCUUGCUUGCAGCAUCAAGAUCAGUCAGAAGAAGCUGAAGAAGUUUGAGAAGGAGUACCACGCCAUGAGGGAGCAGCAGGAGCAGCAGGAGGCUCCUCUGGACAGAUAUGAGAGGGAGAACCGACGUCUCCAGGAGGCUAAUAUGCGUCUGGAACAAGAGAAUGAUGACCUGGCUCAUGAGCUGGUUAGCAGCAAGAUAGCCCUGCGCAAGGACCUGGACAACGCUGAGGAGAAAGCUGAUGCUCUGAACAAGGAGCUGCUGAUGACCAAACAGAAGCUUGUGGAUUCAGAGGAUGAGAAGAGACGGUUGGAGGAGGAGUCAGCUCAGCUGAAGGAGAUGUGCAGAAGGGAGCUGGACAAAUCUGAGUCUGAGAUCAAGAAGAAUGGCUCUAUCAUCGGAGAGUACAAACAGAUCUGCUCCCAGCUUAGUGAGCGUCUGGAGAAACAGCAGACAUCCAACAAGGGCGAGCUGGAGAAGAUUCGGCUGAAAGUGGAAGGCUGCGACAAAUGCAGCAUCCUGUUCAACAAGGAAGGUCGUCUGAAGGCACUGAAAAAGAUUAAAGAGGGCGCAGAGGAGGAGACGGAUGAGGAAAAGGAGGCUUUGAAGUACCAGCUCAGGGAGAUGGAGCUGGAACUGGCCCAGACCAAACUCCAGCUGGUGGAGGCAGAGUGCAAGAUACAGGACUUGGAGCACACCCUGGGACUUGCCCUGAAUGAGGUCCAGGCUGCCAAAAAGACCUGGUUCAACCGAACCUUAACCUCUAUCAAGACUGUGACGGGAGCACAGGGCAAGGAGACCACUUAACCUGAGACCCCUCACGCCCCCUCCUCCUGAAUCUCCCCCCCGUCCCUCUCCCGGCUUUCCCCUUUCCUCCCCCUGGUCCGAGGUACACCCACUAACUGGGCCCGGAGAUAACCAAACGUUAAAUCAUGGGUGUUUUAAAAAAGGACUAUAAGGCUGAAAGGUACCACUAGCCCAAAUGAAACAUUGUACUUCAUUAACAAAAAAAGAAUGCAUAAAGAAAGGCUUCAACCUUAGUCUUCAAACUACUGAUAUUUAACAGGAAAGGGGCUCUAGGUAGCUACGGUCCUUCCAUUGCAGACAUGGGAAAUAAAACACUCCAUUCUACUGUCCUGUCUACUCGGACAAACAUCAACUCCAGCUGUAAUCUAGGAUCUAGGUACUACGAGUGCUAACAGCCACCUCCUCCAACCUUUUCACACUGAGCUUUUCUAGUUUCCGUUCAACAAGAACUUUUUCUAUACAUGUAUGACUAUGAACAUGCCUCUGUGUAGAUGUGUCCUGUAUGUCUGAAGAUUCAGCACAACAGUGUGUGUGCAUGCCGGUUUGUUUAACCUGCGUGUGAGCGUUAAGGCGUGUGUUUGUAUGAUUCCUGAUAUUUCCCAGAGUUUGGUUUCCCUGUGAAGUGUAUUGCUAAGCGUAUGAGAGACCCGCUUGCUGUAUAGUCGAGAUGGGCGCUAUAUGAUAAUGAUGCUGAUUUUAUUGACGAAGCCUUGACACGAAGGUCGAGAUGAACACGAUUACAGAGUAACAGUAGAUAAGCAGCCUGGCGUCUGGCUGGUCAGUCCGGCUGGUUGCCGCAGUAGCAAACGGAGGCCACUAGUGGGCAGUGUCCUGGCGCUGUUGUCACAGUGCAUAUACAGGGUUGGGGUUGAAGCAUGAUCGCAGAGGCUGCAGACAGAUAUGGCCCUCCCUUGGCUCAGACUCCACCCACAGGUGUAGAAGACCUCCCCGUUUUGGGACUAACUCCUCCCUCCACCUCUGCGUCUGAAAUCGCAGCCUUUUGUUCCCCAGUCAAAGGUAGCGUACUAUACAUGGAAUAGACCAACACACCCGACUCACUUCUCCGGGGGUUCUCUAACCAGGGGCACAUUAUAGAAUGACUUGAAUAGAGCAUUCUACCUAUAAGUGGCAUGUUUGUUCUACUUUGUGUAUUUCUAUCUGAAUGGUCCCUCUUUAGUGUCUGUGCCCAUAUUGGGGGAGGUCCUACUGGCUGUCUGGGUAUCAUGGGGGGGGGCUUUGCACCUUAUUAUUCAUAUUUAUAUAAUGUAUGGGAUCGGGCUGAGCUUGCUUAAGUCUGUUGGUAUCAGUCGAAGAAGGAAUGCAGGUGCAAUGUACCGAGAACAAAAAAGCCGUUUCGAUAAGGCACUAGGUUGUACAUAAGAAGCAUUAUGAUGAUUUGUUUUUGUUUGUUAUUUUGUAUUUCUACCCCUCUGUAAUUGUACUAAAAAUAACAUUGCCUAAAAUAAUGACGUACUGUGUUACAGAUUAACGAUGACCACAAUAUACAUUAUUUUAUUUUUUUGCUCAAAGCUUCUGUCGUCUAAAACGUCUGACAAACUGCUGUCUCAUUCAUUACAUGCCAAAAUGUACCUUCAUUCAUCCAACAUUACUGAACGUGUGGAACAUUGUACUAGUGUAGGUUUCAUUGUUGUGUAUACUUCAUGAAUUUCAAUAUAAAGCUAUGAACACACUGA